AUGGCAGCCCCCAUUCUCAUGCUUCUGGUGCUGGCACUGCCCUCGGGGGCCUGGCCGGGUCUGAGGCUGCCCAGGAGGCCAUGUGUCCACUGCUGCCGCCCUGCCUGGCCCCCAGUCACGGCCCCCAACCCCUACGCGCUGAGAAAUGGGGCUGAGGAAUGGGGACCGCUGCCUCAUGUCCGGCCCACCAUCGACAUCACCAUCCUCAAAGGUGCCAAGGGUGAGCUGGGGGCCAGAGGCUGCUCUGGGCCAAGCGGGAAGGAGGGUCCACCAGGCGUCUGGGGCCUCCAGGGCCGCAAGGGCCAGAAGGGGCAGGCUGGACCUCCGGGCACCCCGUGCCAGCGCACCUACUCGGCCUUCUCGGUGGGCCGCCGUGAGGGGCUGCACAACAGAGGCAGCGCACAGGCCGUGUCCUUCGACACGGAGCUGGUGAACCUGGGCGGCUCCUUCGACCUGGUCGCCGGCCGCUUUCGGUGCACCGAGCCCGGCGUCUACUUCCUGAGCCUCACGGUGCACGCCUGGAACUACAAGGAGACCUACCUGCACGUGAUGCGCAACCGGCAGGCGGCCGCCAUGCUGUACGCUCAGCCCAGUGAACGCAGCAUCAUGCAGACCCAGAGCCUGCUGCUGCCACUGGCCGCCGGCGACGCCGUCUGGGUGCGCCUGUUCCAGCGUGACCGCGACAGUGCCAUCUACGGGGAGCCCGGAGACCUGUACAUGACCUUCAGCGGCCACCUGGUCAAGCCGGACGCCGAGCCGUAG